AAACACCUGCGUGUGUUGAUCAGCGGCGACACGUGCGCGCUCUUGUUGAUCUCGAGCUCUCGGCAGAGAGUGUCUUCAAGUGUUCAACUAGUGCCGUUGUUUAUAUAAUGGAAAAACCAACGCUGAUAUCAGCUACCCUUCGUUAUUUUCGCACCGUUGUCCUCCUUCUGCUGGUCACCCACAGCUGCCCGCCGGUCUCGUCCGCUCCGGCUGCCCCCACUGCUCUGCGCAGCCUGGGCGAGCUCAGCUACCCGUACAGCAGCAUCUUCUCCCCGCUGCUCAAGGCGCUGGCGGAGCACGGAGGCCCGAGCUGGAGCCCAGGUCUGAAGAAAAAGAUAAAACCCGAGCACAGGUACAUGAAAUAUCUGACCGAGGUUUACAAGAAGUCCUCCAGAGUGCAGAGGAGUCUGGACGGGAGCAAAAUCUACAACACAGUCCGACUGAUCAAGCCACAAGAUGAGUGUCUCGCAAAGAGUAACAAAGAAAGUUAUAUGCAGGAUCUUUCCUUCAGUCUUGAUCAAGUAAGAAGAAAAGAACAGCUUUUAAAGUCAGCUCUGCUGUACAGUUUGGAUGACAACCGCGCAGCACCCAUUAACUCUGUUUGCUACCUCAGUGUCAAGGAGCAGGAGCAGUCACACCAGCGUCGGCUGUGUCCUGUCGUCCACCACGCUGUGAACUUUACAGCUGAUGGGAGGAGCAAGAAGAACUGGGUGGAGGUUGACGUCACCUCAUUUGUCAAGCCUCUCUUAAAGUUUCAGAAGAAGCACAUACACCUGUUCAUCAAUGUCACCUGCCCAGAUGAACAAAGAGUCAGAAGCGAUGGGCAUAAAGGCACACUGGAGUUGAGUCUGAGGCCCCCCCCUCUGCUGCUCUAUCUCAAUGACACCAGCAAAAUCACUUACCAGAGGUCAUUGGGCAACGCUAAACCGGGUGAGAGGGCGAGCACUGCAGCGACCACAUUUCACAAGCAGAUGGUGCUCAAACCAGUACAGAGGUUUGGGCACAAGAGGAGAUGGAAGAGACAAUCUCUCAAGAACAAACGAGGUGAUAAAAGCCUGGACAUCCACCUGCCUGAGCUUCUCCCCAGCUCCGAGUUCCCAACAAGUGAUUGUGCCUUGUAUGAUUUCAGGGUGCGAUUCAGCCAACUCAAGCUGGAUCACUGGAUUGUUUUUCCUCCCAAGUACAACCCCAGAUACUGCAGAGGCAUCUGCCCGAGGACCAUGGGCUUCAUCUACGGCUCACCCGUCCACACCAUGGUGCAAAACAUCAUCUACGAGAAGCUCGACUCCUCCGUGCCCAGGCCCUCGUGUAUUCCCUCACACUACAGCCCGCUGAGUGUCAUGAUCUUUGAAGAGGACGGAUCGUAUGUCUACAAGGAGUUUGAGGACAUGGUCGCCACCAGGUGCACAUGUCGCUAAACUGCCUACUAACCAAUACUUGUUUUUCUGUGCAGACGCCUCAACAGUCUGCACAGGUGGACUCUACCUCCAGAGUGUUUCCUCAUUAUCCCAGUAUCAGAUAUUCUGACGAGCCUCAGUGAUUUCAUGAAUUUAUAAAAUUGUUGUGCAUGAUCUGGAGCAGGUGUGUAUACUUAAAAUUCAAGAAGUAUUUUAUCCCAAUGAAAAACAUGGAAAAGGUGACAUUUGUUUUCAUUUCAUUAAGGCGAGAGAAGAGAGGGUGAAAAAAUGCAUCCUAUUGUUCCAGUUGCUGUUUGCAUGAUGGCAUUGAGUCUGACACACUUGAAGAAGAAAAUGUGUGAUGUAUGAUUUAUAUAUGAUUUUCUUUUAAGUUAUUUUCUGUUAACUUAUUUUGGUUGGGUGGUCUGUUAUUCUUUCAUUUAACACAAUCGUCAAGUUUUAAGUAGCCCUGUUGUGGAUAAAAAGAUGACGAAGCAGUUACAAAUCCUUAUCAAACCUUUUACAUAUCGUUUUAUUCCUGGGGAUUACAGGCAUCUGUCUUCAUAAUGUCCAGAAUGAAAGUUGUCAAGGUUUCAGUGUGUAUUUAUUACUUCUGGUCACUGAGUGACUGC